CACAUCAUACCGGAAAUGGACAACAUCCUUCGCGCUAGCUCGGUUACAUUGUUCCCUCACAUUGCCAGCCUGACCGCUCCUACAGCAGAAAGCAGGUAUGGACCUUCCUAUAAGAGUAGAACAGGGUUCUUCCUUCGGAUCUUCAUAACAGAAACCAAUACAACGCAACUCUACGCAUACACACUCGUCCUCAUCAUGGCAACCUCCGAAGCUGGCGUGCCGAUUCCCUUUAAAAUCGAAGUUGACACUAGUGUCUCUCAUAGUAACGGGGCUAUUCCAUCGACAUCUAAUAUUGCAGAUAGCUCGGGCAUCUCGGAGAAUGGACGGAUCUAUCAGGGCUACAAUCCAUCUUCCACCUACGCACUGCCAAAUGAUGGCGAGGAGCAAAGCCGCCUCGACCUGCAACACAUUCUUUGCCGUCGCAUGAUUGGCAACAGACUUUAUGUGGCGCCUAUCCAGAAUCCAAAGAGUGUGAUGGACAUUGCCACUGGAACCGGAAUCUGGGCGCUUGAAUUUGCAAACGAGCAUCCGGAUGCAAAAGUGGUUGGAACCGACUUGUCAGCGAUCCAACCCCCCAACGCCGCUCCCAACGCCAGCUUCCUUCAGGAAGACGCUGAACGGGACAAUUGGUCUCAUCACCCACAGUUUGACUUUAUCCAUGCUCGUCUAGUAGCUAUCUGGUUCAAAAACUUGGAGGCGGUGCUUCGAAAAAUCUAUAACCAGUUGACUCCCGGCGGAUGGGUCGAGUUCCAAGAGCUGCCUCCUGUUGCCUGCUCCCAAGACGGCACGACAGUUGGCACACAGUACGAAAGGUUCUUGCAGCUUGUGGGGAAGGGGCUUGCCACCAUUGGGAUUGAAAAUGACGUGACGCCCAAGUUAAAGCCGCUCAUGGAAAAGGUCGGGUUUGUUGACAUUCAAGAGGUCAAGUCAGGUUAUCCGGUUGGUUCGUGGCCAAAGGACCCGCAAAUGAAAGAGAUUGGGCACAUGGGAGAAGCGAACGUACUCAGCGUCGUUAGAGGAGCAUUGUCGAAGAGUCUGGCAGCAGCAGGUUUGUCUGAAGCUGAUAUUGCAAAGCUAGGAGACAAUGUAGAAGCUGAAAUCCGGGGUGGGAUGCAUGCAUACGUGAUGACACUCUUUAUUUGUGGUAGAAAGCCGGAGUAGCGGAGAGAGUCUUAUUUACGUCAACCCUUAUUUUAAUUUAGAAGAAUCUAGUUGAUAUGAAUCAAAUUAAAAAAAGGAAAUAACAAUAUACAAUAUAAACCUUCUUAGACCCGG